AUGGUCUUGAGUAUAUCUUUAGCAGCAAGACUGAAACAAAUCAAAAAGAGAAUCAAAACAGUUAUCAGCCUUCAAAAACUGGUGGAACAUGCUGCAAUCAACGGAUUUUUAUUAAAAGACUGUAUAGAUAAGGAGCCUACCGUCCUAAAGGCCUUCAGAAAGUAUUUUGUAAAGGAGAAUUAUAGUGCUGUUUUCGAAUUAGUGGAAUAUUCUCUUUUAACGGGAAUUAUUUUUGAGUUCAUCAAUCUUCAAAUGACGUUUAUUUGGAAUUAUGGUGACAUUUUUAUAAUACUUAUUGGUACUGCACUGCAAUGCAAAUUAAAUCAGAUUACAAAAAGGCUACAAUCUAUUUGCAGACUUAAAGUAAGAGAUAUGCAAGUAUGGAAUGUUGUUAGGAAGGAUUAUCUAGAACUCUCAAAAUUAUGUCAUUCGACAAACAAGAAAAUUUCCUUGCUAAUAAUUGUCAGCUUUUCUUCAAAUCUUUACUUUCUCUUGAAGCAAAUGUUUGGUAGUUUGCGGCCAAUGGAAAGCACUUUACAAAAAUUUUACUUUUUCAUAUCGUUAGGAUUGUUACUAUUAAGGGUUAUUUGUGUUUGUAUAUUUGGAAGCAGUCUCCAUGUGGAAUGGGAAAACAUAUCCUACGUUCUUCAGUCAGUGCAUUCAUCUGCUUAUAACAUAGAGGUUCAUCGAUUUGUAGAAAACGUAUCGACUUCUGAGCUGGUCCUUACGGGAAAGAAUUUCUUCAAAAUAACAAGAGGUUUAAUUCUAAAGAUCGCUGGGGCCAUUGUUACCUACGAAUUGGUUGUUAUUCAGUACAAUAUGGAAACCCUAAAGAGUAAACCAUACUAA